AUUACCUUCACAUGGGUCGUUUGUGUGUCCAAAAUUAAUCCAGGCUCAUCAAUCAAAUCACCUAAUAUCGGAAGAAGUUCGGCUAGCAAUCCCACGGCGAAACAGGACGGCAUGGCUUCAUCGGCGGCGUUAAUAACUAUGCACCCUCCUCCUCGUGUAAUUUCUUUGAGCUCGAACGAUCCUUCAUGCGUGAAAAAAAAAACCAUUCUUUUAGGUGCAAUUACCUUUCGUUUGCUCUUCAUGAUGGGAGAGUUACGGAGAAGACAAAUGAAGUUGGUUGCUGACUUGUUUUACCUAAAAAAAGGCAGAGAGAUUAAAGAAUUUAUGAUAUGUUGAUUCAUGGGCAGGUGGAAUUGAAACGGUUACUAAAAGCAGCUGUGUGUUUUACACCAUUUUUAACAUCUCCAGAAAUAGGCUGAAUAAGACUUGGCUCAGGAGUUGAUAUGAUCACUACAACUCAAUAUCUUAGAUAUGAUGAGACCAUCAUUUCAAAGAAUGGGACCUUUGUCAUGGGAUUUUUUACCCCAACCAAUUCUUCAAACCAUUAUUAUGUAGGAAUAUGGUACAAUCAAAUUCCUGUUCAGACAGUGGUUUGGGUUGCGAACAGAGACAACCCAAUAGCCAACACAUCUUCAGCAGUAUUAAAGAUCACCCAGGGUGGCCAGCUGGCACUUGUUGGAGGCAACGGCCAAGAAAUUUGGUCUGGGAAUACGUCGAGGAUGGUACAAAACCCCAUUGCGGAAUUGCUGGAUUCUGGGAAUCUUGUGCUCCGAGAAGCAGAAGAUGAAAACCCUGAGAAUUUCCUCUGGCAAAGCUUUGAUUAUCCAACUGAUCAUUACUUGCCUGGGAUGAAACUCGGCUGGAACCUAGUAUCCGGGCAUGAGGUGUAUGUCACAGCAAGAGAGCACGAAGAAACGCCGGCUUCAGGUGAAUACACGUUUCAUGUGGACCUCACUGGAUACCCACAAGCUAUAAUCAAAAACAGGGAAUCUGAGGUUUAUGGCUCAGGACCAUGGAAUGGUCUGCAUUUUAGUGGAACACCAUCUGCAUCAAUGAACACCAACCCUCGAGGACUAGUUAUGAAUAAAAAGGAGGUGUAUGUAUGGUAUAGUCAAGAUUUGGGUUUAUUAAGAUUUGUUCUCACCAGCAAUGGUGUUCUAAAAGCCUGGGGAUGGGAUUUUCAGAAGAAAGAAUGGCAGAGUUUCUUAAGUGUGCCGUCAGAUAGUUGUGACACAUACGGUUUAUGUGGUGCAAAUAGCAUCUGCAACAUCGGUAACUAUCCUACAUGUGGAUGUCUUAAUAAGUUUUUGCCUAAUAAUGAUGCUGUUGAGAACGUGUCACGAGGGUGCUAUAGGAAAACACCCCUGAAUUGCCACAAUGGAUCUUCAUCAGACGGUUUUCUCAAGUACUCAAAUGUCAAAUUACCAGAUACGAAGCACUCUUGGUAUAAUAAAAGUUCUAUAACCCUUCAAGAAUGUAAAGAAACUUGUUUGAAGAAUUGCUCUUGUAUGGCGUACUCGACUCUCAAUAUAAGCAACGGAGGAAGUGGAUGUAUGUUCUGGCCUGGGGAUUUGGUUGACAUUAGAUGGUUAGCUGGGAGCAAGCAAGACAUAUUCAUCAGACUGGCUUCAUUGGAUGUUCCAGCAGGACGAACAACAAUUUCAAUGCAUUCAGGCUCAAAGAGGAAGAAAGUAGAGAUAAUUGCACUUUGUUUAUCAUCAUUGCUGGCUUUAGUGUUUCGGGCCUGCUGCUUCUCCUCGUGGUAUUUUUGCAAAAGGAGAAUUGCUAGAAGAAAGCUGGAGAAAGAAUUCGAGCUGCCAUUAUUUGAUGUUUCUUCGAUAGCACGAGCUACAAAUAACUUUUCAUCUCAAAACAAGCUUGGGGAAGGGGGAUUUGGAACUGUUUACAAGGGUGCUUUGGAUGGAGGACAAGAUAUCGCAGUGAAGAGGCUAUCAAAGACUUCCCAACAAGGACUCGAAGAAUUCAAGAAUGAAGUGAUAUGUGUUGCAAAAUUACAGCACCGGAAUCUUGUCAAGCUUCAGGGGUGCUGCAUUAGUGGGGAAGAGAAAAUGAUGAUAUAUGAAUACAUGCCUAACAAAAGUUUGGACAUCUUCAUUUUUGAUCAAAAGAAAAAAAAAAUGCUGAGUUGGAAUAAACGCAUCAACAUAAUCGUUGGAAUUGCUAGAGGAUUGUUAUAUCUCCAUCGAGAUUCUCGACAGAGAAUUAUCCAUAGAGAUCUCAAAGCUAGCAACGUUUUGCUUGAUCUUGAGCUAAACCCAAAGAUUUCAGACUUUGGAUUAGCUAAGAUUGUGGGAGUUAAUGAGACAGCAGAUAGAACAAAACGAAUUUCCGGAACUCGUGGGUAUAUAUCUCCAGAAUAUGCUGCUCAUGGAAUCUUCUCUUUGAAGUCAGAUGUAUUUAGCUUUGGCGUUUUAGUAUUGGAGAUAGUUAGUGGUAGGAAAAAUAAUUAUGUCUUUGAUGCUGAUCAGGAUGAAACCUUGCUUGGGCAUGCAUGGAAGCUUAAUAUGGAGGGAAGGGCAAUUGAGCUGGUGGAUGAGAGUAUAGCAGAAUCAUGCGAUGUGGCUCAAGUUAUAAGGUCAAUCCAUGUCGGCUUGUUAUGCGUUCAACAAAGACCAGAUGAUAGGCCAAACAUGUCUGGUGCAGUUAAGAUGCUGGUAAAUGAUGCCCCUGUGGUGGCCUUGCCUCAACCUAAAGAGCCAGCUUUCUUUACUGGCAGUGUGCAAGCGGCAGCAGUUAAAGCCGAACUUUCUCCAGCCAAUCAUUCUACUGUGUCUUUGAAUGAAGUCACUAUCACUUCACUAACACCUCGUUGAAGGCAUGAAUAUUUGGUUAUCUUCAUCACUUGUGUCCUUUUGCAGUAUACUGCGUAUUAAUGUAUUCAUAAGUCAUAACGUACACAUUAGUAACUUUGAUAUGAUGUCCCUUUGUAGUACUCUGUAUUACCGUAUAUUGUUUUCAGAUGAGAAAUAUUAUCGAUUAAUCACUAAAGAUAGAGAUGUAAACAUUCUUAUGUUUUGGAUACGUUGUGUUUAGGGGUAUACACAUUUUCUGUUUUUGUUACUUCA